UGUACUAGAAAGUGAGGGUUGCAGUUGAAUUUAAUUAUUUAGUUAUUUAAAGUAAGGUUUUGAAAGCUAUUAUGGAUGACGAAGAGGAGACUUACCGACUGUGGAAAAUUCGGAAAACGAUUAUGCAGCUUUGCCAUGACCGAGGCUUUUUGGUGACACAAGAUGAGUUGGAUCAAACUUUGGAUGAGUUUAAAAGUCAGUUUGGGGAUAAGCCUAGUGAGGGUCGCCCACGACGGACCGACCUCACCGUGCUUGUAGCCCACAACGACGACCCAACAGACCAAAUGUUUGUCUUCUUUCCCGAGGAAGCAAAAGUUGGCAUCAAAACCAUCAAAAUGUACUGCCAGCGUAUGCAGGAGGAGAACAUCACACGCGCCAUCAUUGUAGUACAGAUGGGCAUGACGCCAUCCGCGAAACAGUCUCUGGUUGACAUGGCCCCUAAAUAUAUCCUUGAACAGUUUCUUCAGCAAGAACUUCUAAUAAACAUCACAGAGCAUGAGCUGGUACCUGAACACAUAGUGAUGACCAAGGAGGAAGUGACAGAGCUUCUUGCGCGAUAUAAACUGAAAGAAAGCCAGUUACCCAGAAUCCAGGCUGGAGACCCAGUGGCUCGCUAUUUUGGUCUGAAAAGAGCACAGGUAGUGAAGAUCAUUAGGCCAAGUGAAACUGCUGGAAGAUACAUAACAUACAGACUUGUCCAGUGAUGAAGUGGAGGCUGUCUGCUGAUGCUCCAGAACAUUCUGGAAGAUGUACUAGUGUCACCACCAUUUCACAGAGAUUUGGAUUAAGUAUUACAGAAAUAGCAAACAAUUUUUUAUCAGGAGUAUUUUAUCAGGAGCAGAAGCAAAAGG